AUGGGAACCCGCCUUCGGCUGCUGGGCCUCGGCGGCGCGGGAACGGCCGCCUACGCCUCCUCUGACAGCUCGUCUGGCUCCUCGUUUCUGAGCGACCUCGGCGCGCCGAUUCCGCUGCUCAAGUCGCUCUUCUCCUCGGGCGAUGCAACCGCGCGCUCUGCUGAGGCGGCGCAGCUGUCGGCUUCGGUGGCAGCCACCUCCGCAGCCGUCGCGUCGCUCGACCGUCAGCUUGCCGCUCAAGGCGCCGCUGGCUCGCGCACCGUCAUGCUUCUCGUCGGUGUUCCGCUCACCGGCAUCGCCGCCGCGCUGUACAUUUACGGCUGGAACAGGCGCGCAUCCGCGGCGGGAGCUGGAAUGAAGACCGGGCUCAACCAGCUCAAGGCGUCGAUCGAGGCGAAUCUCGACAAGCUCAAGGUGGAGCUGGUCGAGAAGAUCGAGGUGCUCAAGGACAAGAUGACGGAGGUGGCCAAGGAGGUUGGCAUCCUCGCCGAGGAGGUUUCCGAGGUCAAGGGAGACGUCAAAAAGGUGGCCGAGGGCGUCGAGGGCCCCAAGAAGCGCAUGUCGGCCGUCGAGUACUCGUCCAAGAAGGGGCUCGCUGCCGACGGAGUCGAGCUGCUCGUGCGCGCCGUCGCCGACUCGCCGCUGCUCGCGAACGCGUCCCCAGAGACGACCGCGCGGCUGAACGCCUUCCUGCAGCGCCUCUCGUCCGGCCCAGUCACCGUCCUCCGCCGCCUGUCUGGCGACCAGGCGCAGGACCUCCCUCCCCCGGAGGCCAAGGGCAGCUCCGAGGGCUGGAGGCCCUCGGACGCGAGGCUGCCGCCGGCGGUGCCAGCCUCGUGA